UACAAUAACUUAAACAUAAUAUAUUAAAACAAUUCAAAAGAAGAUGAACUUCUCAAUCAAUCAAUUAGCUAGCAAAAGAUCAGUUUGCUUAUUAACAACAUUCAUAAUGAUGGCCAUUCUCUUAUUGAUUCAAUUAUCAAUGCCAAUUCAAGCCAUUAGUUUGAGUCUUGUCAAGGAUGAGAAGGUGAGGAGUAGUUUUGAAUCCACUUGGAAAAAUUACAUUCAGAAGAAUUCUGAUAAUAGAUGUUGUCUUCCAGAUACCUAUUCAUUGAGUAUGACCAAUGGAUUGAACAGAAAGAAUAUGCAAGUUCAAGGUGUUUCAAUGAUGAGAAUUGAAACUUCUACUGUCAAUUAUUAUCAUGAUAGAAAGACAUUGAGAAUGAGAAUUGAUUCUAAUGGAACAAAUGCUGAAGGUCAAGUUCUCAAGACAAGCCAAAUUACUUUCAGAUUGGGUGAAAAGGAUUUCGAAUAUAAUAUUGUCAAUGGUGCAUGCUCUUGCAGACUUACCAAAUUGACCUGGGAUAAGACAUGUUACAGUUUAGAACAAACAAGUUCAGUUGGAAAGAUUGGUGAUUUUGAAGCAACCAAUGUUUUUGUCAACUCUGUUCCAAAUCAAUUCUUCUUCUCUCAAUGGACUGUUAGAAGCAAAUCUAUGGACAAGUCAACCUGUUUCCCACUAAGUAUUGAAUUUGUUCAUGAUGAUACUAGUUUACUUCAAAAUGCUUUCAAUCAAGCAACAAAUGUUGAUCCAUCUGUUUUCAGACUUCCACUCAAUUGCCCAGUCUUUUCCUCAUGUCAAUAAUCCACAAGUUCUGUAUCAUACUGUAUCACUAAUUGUAAAAACUAAUAAAUUAUAAAACUAAUCUGCUUUCCUUUC